AUGGACGUUGACACAGAAUUGUCGUCCGACACUAAUAAUGUUAGGCGUAAACGCCCACUUGUGGCAGUCGCCCUGCUCGAUUCCGGCUCCGAUACGGAGACGGAAGUCAGAGCAGCGGCUAAAUGUAGCAGUGCUCGUCGGGGGAAGCUUGCUUCAAGAGGACGCGGAAGCCUUGCUCAGGCUAAGGCCGAGCUUAAGGCGAAGGCUGAAGAGGCCAGGGAAGAGGCGUUCGAGCGCUCGCUCCGGAGUAGGGCGUUCCGGAAAGGAACUCCAAAAGUUGUUUUGGACCCGGAGGAGUCUGCAUCGGAUGCCACGGGAGAUCCCACGAAGCUGGGCGUGGAGGAACUUCGCGCGCAAGCUGGCCGUAACGCAGCCCUCAUUUUAGAGGACGGAAGCGGAGGAGACUCGCCGCUUCGCGCGGAUAACGGACACCUACGCAAGGAAAUAGAGGACUUAAAGUCGGAGCUAAAAGCCCACCGCCGUGAGUUCACGGAGAUGCGAACAACGGUGGCAGCGGCGAACGAUUCGGUGGCCAACACCACGCGGGAUGCGCAGGCACUUGAGGAGUUAAAGGCAUCCAUAGUGUCUGCGGUCGGCGCAAUAAACGCCCGCUUGAACGGCAUUGAGGAGUGCCUCCCUCCCGUCAAGGAGCAUCACCCCCCCUUAGCGGCGGACAAGAGGCGGGAGUUGAUGCAGCCAAACGGUCCGACCUAUUCCCAGGCGGCCCAAACAACUUCACCGCCUUUUGUAUCACCCACACCCAAGCGAGUGGCCGCACCUGUGCGGAAGCCGGUGGCUCCAGCCGUACCACCAACACCGAUAGUUGGUCCCUCUGUCGCCUCGACCGCGCCGGAGUCUCAGUCAUGGGAGGCCCAGGAGUCGUCCUGGUCCACCGUAGUAAAGAAGGGGAGGAAGGGAAAGAAACCUUCCCCCACAGCCUUUGUACCCACUACAGCUGCGCCAAUGGAGCCAAUAGCACCUCAAGCUCCGAAACCGAAGUUGGCUACCCCUCGCACGGCUGCAGUGAUCGUAACAUUGCAGCCGGAGGCGCAAGUAAAGGGUGUCACGUACGCCCACGUCCUGGAGCGAGCCGAGCAGGGUGUAAAGCUUCAGGACUUCGAUAUCUGUGGCGGACUUAAAGUCCUUCGUUCUGCGACGGGUGCCAAGUCCUGGAGCUGCCUAGGGCGCAGUCGGACCAAGCAGAAAAGCUUGCCUAGAAGCUCCGCACUGUUUUGGAUGGGGUGGCUAACGCUACUGACUGGCCCUACAAUGAAGGUGGACUUAAGGGUGACGGGCCUAGACGACUCCGUCACUAGGGAAAAGUUAAUCGCCGCUGUCGCUCGUGAGAGGAGUUGCCCCGUUGAGGCGAUUAGGUGCGGAGAGAUGUCACGCGGACCCGGAUACAUGGGUAUAGCUCGUGUGACAUGUCCGAUAGCGGUGGCGAAAAAACUGUCUGACAGCGGUCGUCUUCUGGUUGGAUGGAGUCCAGCCAGGGUACACGUUUUGGAGCAGCGUCCUUUGCGCUGCUUCAAGUGCAUGGGUCUUGGCCACACCAAGGCACUCUGCCCAUCUAGGGCUGAACGUGCGGGACUUUGCUUCCGGUGCGGCGUCGAUGGCCACAAAUCGGCGGGCUGCACGGGGAAGCUGCGCUGCGCAGUGUGUGCGGACGCUGGAAAGCCCUCCGGGCACAUGAUGGGGUCGAGGGAGUGCAUCCCACCCAUCACGAAUUUUAAGGUGGUCUUAGGCACACAGACCACCUCCAAUGUCGGACGGCACCAGGCCGAGGAGGAAGCUGCAAUGUCGUCAUGA